ACUCUAACAACAAGCCAACCUCAAGAUUCGAUCGCACGCAUACCUUGAUCAAGCACAAGAACCAAAAACAGAGAGAGAACAGCUACCACCGGAACUCGGGCAUUUCCAUUGAUCAACGGCAAUCGAGGCGAUGGCAGUGCCGGCAGCGACCACAGGCGCAACCACCAGCCGGUUCGCGGCGGCGUGCGAUGCGCUUAGCCUGUACAUGAAGAAAUCUGCAGAUAAAUCCAGGAUGCAGCCCUCGGCCGUGCCCGUGCGGCCUCUACCCCUCAUGCCUGGCGCCGACGUUGUUGCCGACGACGACAUCAGGGAAGAGCCGGCUCAGGCUCAGCUAACCAUCUUCUACGGCGGGCGGGUGGUGGUGCUGGAGGACUGCCCGGCCGACAAGGCGGCCGCCUUGGUGCGGCUCGCUGCCGCCGCCGCUGCCGCUGCGCCGGAGAAGAAAAAGAAGGAGCUCGACCUGCCGGUGGCGAGGAAGGCCUCGCUGCAGCAGUUCAUGGACAAGAGGAAAGCCAGGCUCGCCGCUCGCGCCAAGCCGUACCGCCGCGCGGACGACGCCGACUAUCUCGCGCUUGCCCUCUGAAAAUUAAUUUCUCUUCGUUUUUUUGUUUGUUCGUAGAAGUAGCAGAGUCGGGAAUUGUGUGCUAAUCCUGGGGGGGGGGGGGGGGGUGUUCCAUUGACCGUUGAUUAGAAAAAGGAUUAAAAUACAUAUUCCUGUGUACUGGAAAAAUCUUUAAAAUACAUAAAUACGUAUUGCAAUACUUAGCAAUACGUGGUUGUACAGCUUACUCCUGUGUACUGAUGGAAACUGAAACAUCAGAAAUCGAGUCGAAAAUUCCAUGAUUACAACUAAUUUCUCAUCA